GUAUUGUGGGUAAUAAAAUGUCAGCCUCCAUGUUGGGAUAAGCUGUCGUUCUUGAAUACGCGGCAUAUUUUAAUGAUACACGAGUGUUUUCAGAGGUGUUUAAUUAUCACGAUGGGAAAGUUCUUUUAUGCAGUUCGUGUUGGUAGAAAACCUGGUGUUUACAAUACAUGGCCAGAGUGUGAGAAACAAGUGAAAGAAUUUCCCAAAGCCAGGUAUAAGAAAUUCCCAUUGCUAUCUCAGGCAUGGGAAUUUGUCAAACAAUCCCCUGGCAAAACAUGGCAGUCGAGAGCAGCCAAUCCACAGACACAAGCUUCUUCACCAACAGUUCCCCUUGCAGAUUCUGCAUUAUCUAAUGUCAAUGGAAAGCCUUCAAAAUCUAGUGGAAGAACUCAGUUGAUUCCUCCGUCCUCGUGUUCUUGUUGUCCAGUGCACACAAGUGGAGGUUCCCAUCAUCAUCAUCUUCCUCCACCUCCUCAGCAGCAACAUAAAAGACCAAUAUCGACAAGUUCUCAUCAGCAACAAAAUAAACGAGCCAAGAUAGAUGUAAAUAAAGCUGAUAGAGUAGCCGUAUACACCGAUGGUUGUUGUACGUCUAAUGGUAGACGUGGUGCCAGGGCAGGACUAGGAGUCUACUGGGGUCCCUGUCAUCCACGUAAUAUCAGUGAAAGAGUAGACGGACGACAAACAAACCAACGAGCUGAGAUAAAGGCAGCCAGUAGAGCAUUGGAAUGUGCUAUUGAGAUGAAUAUAAAAAGCAUCACCAUUUACACUGACAGUAUGUUCACCAUAAACUGUAUAACACAGUGGAUUCAUAACUGGAAACGAAACAACUGGAAAACAAAAUCCGGAGUGGUGGUCAAUAAAGAAGAAAUUGUGGAGUUAGAUGCACUCUGUAAACAGAUUGAUGUCAAAUGGGUACACGUGCCUGGACAUAGUAAUAUCCAUGGCAACGAAGAAGCUGAUAAACUAGCCAAGGCUGGCGCAUGUUUAACUCUCCCUUAAGCUGUUCUUUAAGACUCGUCAUUUACACUGCCACAUGAAAUUUAUAUUUUAAAAUUUAUUAUUAAAACUUAUGUUGCCUCAACAGCCAUGGCUAUAUCAACUGUCAUCCUGGAAUGUAUGUUCCAUUCACUAUACGUCUCUUUGUCUAGGUAUAACGCUAGUAUAUUACACAUUCAGAUUUAUGUAAACAUCACACACACCUUGUGAAAUAAUGUAUGUUUAUUAGUGAGCAGGCAAUUCUCCAGAAUCAGAUAGUUGAUAAUGUGACAGUGUUUUCAUUCAGCCAAUCAAAUCCAUCGUAAAUAGUCACCUGUGAUGAAAUAUUACUAGCAUUGUACCUAGGCAUUGGUGGCAUAGCAUGCAGCACGUGGAAUGCCCCAUAUAUUCUAGCUACCGAUAACUAAACACUGCUUGGGUACAUAGGGUAUUUGAUGUCAUGUACAGCCAUGUGUUUAGUCAAGGUAGUUGUACAUCAUUUUUAGAUUAUGAAAUAAAGAUUACCCCAUGGUACAUUUUAUCUGGUAUGCUGGUCGUCAGUAGAA